AUGGAGUCUAUCAAAGAUCAACUUAGAGUUGGAUCCUUCCUUGACAACCGUUAUGAAGUGAUCUCACCACUCAACCAUGGCUCCUUUGGUAUGGUCUCUCUUGCCCGUGACGUCCAGGAGAACGAUUUGGUAGCUAUCAAGUGUCUCGUCAAGCAAGCUAACGAAGGCAACGUCGAGUUCGACGACGAUGCCCAAGAGCUUUACUACCAUUCGUUGCUCGGGACUCACCCCCAUAUUGUCAAUGUCCGCCACUCCUUUGAGACAAGCUCGCACCUCUUCAUCGUCCUCGAGUAUUGCUCAAUGGGUGACUUGUACGAGGCCAUCCGCCUUGACAGAGGACCCUUGGAGACUGAGCACGUUCGCGACUUCAUGUUGCAACUCCUCUCAGCCGUUGAACACAUGCACUCCAAGGGUGUCUACCACCGAGACAUCAAGCCAGAGAACAUCUUCCUUACUCAUGAGGGUGACAUCAAGCUUGGUGACUUUGGUUUGGCCACUACGGACAAGCUCUCCGACGACGUCUGCGUCGGAAGCGACAGAUAUAUGGCUCCAGAACAAUAUGAUCCCUCCACCGGCCCUUACGAACCCGCAAAGGCUGACAUCUGGUCUAUCGGUAUCUGCUUGUUGAACGUUCUCUUCGCUCGCAACCCAUUUACCAUCCCAACCCGUGAGGAUCCAUUGUUCCGUGACUUCUCCUAUGACCGCGAAACUUUGUUCGAUAUCUUCCCGACAAUGUCUGAGCAGACCUACGAGGUCCUCAACCACUGCCUUCAACUCGAUCCAUCCAAGCGCUCUCUGGAGAUGGUUCGCCUUGCGAUUAUGAAUGUUACUGCUUGGUCAACUGACGACGAGAUGUACGAUGAUUACUGCAUCGAAGAUCGUGACGCUCAGGUUACUGCCAGCACCCGUGAGCCACUCCGAACUCCAUCUCUCACGGCUCCUCAACCAGUUGCUGGUGGUGGUUUCCCAUGGGCUCAAGCUCUCAACAACACCCACCAACGACAGCUCUCCACGAUUUACGAUGAACCGUACGUUGCUGUCCCCUCAGCCGAGAAGCAAAUCAACCUACCAGAGUCUUAUGACUCUGGCCUUGGCAUGUCUAUUCCUUCUUCCUUGCCCAAGAAGUCCAGCCCAUUCAAGGCUGUCUCUUACUUCUCCAACUCCCGCAUCGAAAUCAUCCCUCCAAAGCCCUUCAAGCUUGCUAGUGUCAACACCAGCGUUAAGGCUCAACCUACUUUGUCCCCUGUCACUCCUACCUUUGUUUCCAAUGCUACCAUCCCAAGUGUUCCCAUCAAUGUCUCCAAGAAGCCCGUCACCUAUACCAGCAAGGCCGAUUCCGGUGUCUCUAUGAGCUGGAGUGAUAUCUUCGACGAGGAUGAGGAGGAAGAACAACUUGCCAUGCAACGUGUCAAGGAAAACAAUGCCCGUACCUGGAGUGCCGACAAGAAGGUCACCACUACCAAAAGCGUCAUCAAGGACAAGUUUAUCGAUGAUGACGUCUUCGGUAUCGAGGUUGAGCAAGAGGUCGACGAUGAUUCCGAGUGGGUUACCGGAGGUUGGGAUGACUUCCACAUAUAA